UGUCAGUGUAACAAAGAGGGUUUUGGCCAAGUUACAUCACCGCCUACACUCCUUCAAACAGCGACAAGGUCCCUGACAUGAAACAAUGUCAAGAUGAUCGUCUUCUGGAUAACGUUGCUUCUUCUUCAUCAAGGAUAUACACUCAUUCCAGUGAUCCCAGUUCAAACUGGUGAAUCUACAACCUUCCCAUGUGCUCGGUCUAAUAAUGAUCAUGACCGAGGAGAAGUCCACUGGUAUAAGCAGAGUGUUGGAGAUAAUCUGAAACUAGUUGUGACUCUGCGGAAGCAUACACUGCCUCAAUUUGCACCAAAGUUUUCUAGCUCAAGAUGGAAAGUUAAUAGUGACGACAGAUUUACCAACCUGACUAUUUUGACAACAAUCCAAGAAGACGAGGGAAUCUACCAUUGUGCAAUAUUUGCAUUCUAUGGCGUGGAAUCAAAAUGGAGUGGGACAUAUUUGAUAGUAAAAGGAGACAGUCAGAAGACAUCAGACUACACUGUUGUUCAGCAGUCCACAGCAUCACAUUCAGUCCAUCCAGGAGAAUCACAGACUCUCCACUGUUCAGUCUUCUCUGACUCUGAGAACAAAACAUGUUCAGGAGAUCUGAGUGUGUUCUGGUUCAGACCUGGAUCAGAUAAAUCUCAUCCAGACAUCAUCUACACUGAUGGAAACAGACCUGAUGAAUGUGAGAAGAGAUCUGACACUCAGAAGAGCUGUGUUUAUCACUCCUCUAAGACCUUCAACUCCUCUGAUGCUGGGACUUACUACUGUGCUGUGGCCACAUGUGGACAGAUACUGUUUGGAAAUGGAACUAGUUUGGUUAAUCAAGGAUUCAGCAUGUGGUCACAGACGGUCAGUUCAGUCAUUUUUCUGCUGUGCAUCUUCUUAGCUCUAAGUGUCAUUAUUAUAGCCAUCCUCAUUUACAGCAUCAAGGAAAACAACUGUGAUUAUGGCAAAGCUGCUGUUGCCCAGCAGAAAAAAUGUGGUCAGAAAAGUCAUCAGAAGGAUUUGGACACAUGGAUUUAUUCUGCUGUCACCUUUACCAUGGUAAAGACUGACAGUGCAAUAAAGGAGGCCAAAGCAGCAGAGAGAGAGAGGAUCUACACUGCUGUCAAGGCUUUUGGCCUGGAUUAGUGAGUUAACAGAUGUUUGGCGUCUGUAUUGAAUAAUGUAGUGUUGUUUGUUUAACUACUAAAGGGCUUUGUAUAUGCUGUAAUAUGAUGUAUCAGGAACAUUUCGUGAACAAGUUGUCUCCUCAUGUUCAAAUGUAUUAAGAUUACAUGCAUCUUGUUCAUCCAAGCACUUGUAAAUAAGAUUGAUCUCGAGCUGAAAUGUUCUUACUUUUAAGUUUGGCAGAAAACAUUUGUUGCAUCUCUCUUCCUCAUUUCACCUCACUCCUGUCUACAAUGAAACAAAAACAAAUAAAUACUUUAAAAAGUUUUUUUUUUAAAGGCAAAGUAAUUUUUUUUUCAAGCAGAAAUGUAUAACUGUGCUGUUCCUAAUUCUGGAAGGUGAAUACAGAUACUUGUUUUAAGGGGAAAUAACAGAACUCAGGUUUUUAUUGGGGCAUCAGGUGUUUAAGAACAUGCACAAAUAAUGUCAACAGCAGAGUUCUCACUAUGAUUUCUCAGCUCUUUCCCCACAUUUAGUGUCAUUCAUCCCAACUCUCCAUUAAAGUCAAAAUGCCAACAAAGAAAUCUUCAGGUUAUUACUGCUGACGAUUGUUAUGUUGUCUGUCAGUGUUAGUAAAAGGUAUUUACCAUGGUGCAUUUCAGGAAAUAAGUUUUUUGUAUCAUCUGUGAAUCUUGUUUGGAGACAAAGACUAUGUUGCUCUAAUAAAAUACAGAAAGAGUG